AUGUCUGCUCAGAUUAAUAAUCGAUAUAUAGCGAAAUUCGAAGAAUUAGAACAAAUUAAGGAGAAGCUAGCUUAAACUUCUUAAAGAACUCGUAAUAUAUCCUCAGACAGAUAAUAAACAAAUGGAAUCAACGUCACUGAAGUUAAGAGUAGCAGAAAUAGUGAAAAAUAAUCUUAAUCUGUCGAAAAAUGUAUAUUCAUAAUGUUAUCAUAUUUCAGUCCUUAAUCUUAGAUAGUAAAAUCAAAAUGUUGACAAUUUAAUAAAUUCAUGGAAACAAUAAAAAACUCAUUCUGUUUCUCUCAAUCAAGGUACAAUUGCAGGAAGCAUCAUACGUAAUUAAUUUACUAAUAUUAGAGGAAUCUCCUGAACAUGAAAGUCCUUAAACUAAACCUGGCACAUAUCCUCAUUUGAUCUUAGAAGAAGAUGAAUAAUAGUAGUUUCUGGAAUAGGUUUCUUCAGUCCAACCAACUAUUUAAAAUAAAGGAAUAGCUAAAGUCCCUAUUACUACAAAGUCAACUCUUAAGGAUUAAGGUAUCUUAUAAUUUUUACUAAUAUAAAGUGAAUAAUGAAAAGAAAAAAUCAGUAGUAUAUUCAAAAGAUGCCAAUAUGUUUUCUAAUACACAAUAAUAAGCAAUAUCUCAACAAAAUCAAAAUGUUGUCUAAAAGAAAAAUAAUACAGCUGUUAGACCAUAAACAUCUAAGGUUCAACCUUAACCUACUCCUAGUCAAAUUGCAUAAAAAAAGGCUGUAUAAUCUAAAUAAAUUAAUAUGAAAAUGUCCUAAGAAAUUAUUGCAGAUGGUAUUGAUAUCUUAUAUUCAUAGUCCCCUAAACUCCAUCAUAAUAAAAAAUGAAAUAAAGUUCACUAUUAGAAAAAACUAGAUAAGUUAAAAUGAAUUAGGCAUCAAAUAAAGUAUAGACUAAAUCAAAUUAAACUAAUUAAGGUGAAGAGAAGAUUUUGAUUUAAUAAAUCUAGAAAGUCAAAGAAACCAUUCUGAAAUUAUAUGAAUAAAAAUUUGAUCAUUAAAUGUCCCAUUCUUCAAGUAAUAUAGCUAAGUAUAUAAAUAUUAUUUGAUUAUUUAGAAACUUUGAUUAAAUUGUAAAUGCAAUUAAACUCGAUUUUCGUUGUUUAGAAAAUGAUUGA